AAGGUUGGUUCAUUGACCGUUGUAUAGAGUGAGUCCGCCAGUGGGUAAUUGAUCGUAAACUGACAAUCAUGCUAGUAUGUACAUCUGUUUAAGGGUCGUAUCCUGUCGAGGGUUAGCGGGCGCUGCUGUAAGAGCCGAUCGUCAGUAGCAAUGAUCCUGUGAUGCAGAGCGGACGUACGGAACAGACAGACUCUAGUGUACCUGCCUCUACUUUCUGGAACCUAUCCUUACGGUAUGUUGGCCUCUCGCGUGUAGUCAAACCAUCGGAGUCGGACUUUCUGGUGAUACUAUAUGCUGUAUAGUCAAGUGGUGCAUUUUCUCGCAGGUCUCUUACGGAUGAAAGGGUGUGGAACAUACCUAGAAUAGAUCAACAUCAUUUUGAUAUACAUUGUCAGGAUUAUCGAAGAAAAAGGAAUUUUCUUCAUAACUCAUCGAUGAUCAUGACCUCAAUGUACACUUCGAAGUCUGUUGGCAUUGUUUAUACUUCUAAAACUUUAUGAAGCGGUGUCAUCUUUAAAAAAUCGAUUCCAAUACCAAAUGAAAUACCGAUACUAACUGCUUUAGCCUGAGACUCUCAACGACAUUAUUCGAAAACAGCAAAUACGUUACCUGCGAGAGGAAUUUAUUCAACUCGCAGACACAUUAAUCAUCACAAAAAGCACGUGCAAGGCCAUAAGGCAUAAAUAAUAUUAUUUCCAUGGCCAUUGUAAACGAUUUGGAGCUUUAAAUUUAGUUUUCGCCGGUUUUACCAGAUUUAAACAGCUUUCACAGACUGAAGAACAAGAUUGUCAAAGAUGUUGCCAUCAAGCGUCGGCCGGACAUCGGCCUGCCGUGUGGCAUCCAUGGCUCAACAGAUCCUCCACAGACAAGUUAGUACAAUGGUUAGCUCGGAACAUACAGAAGACGUCAAACCCUUUGAUCAGAUCCCUGGACCUAAAGGAGUGCCCUUCUUUGGAUCACUUUUUGACUACACUGGCCUUGGCCCCUACAAGUUGGACAAACUUCACGAAGCUACUGUAGACAGAUUCCGCAACUUUGGACCGAUCUUCAAGGAGACUCUGGCAGGUGUCACGCAUGUCCACAUCAUCGACCCUACAGAUGUCCGGGAACUUUUCAGGAACGAGGGGAGGAGUCCAAAGAGAACGCCUAUAGAUGCUAUGGUCAAAUACAGGCAGACAAGGAGCAGACACAUUGGCAUGGCAAACACAGAGGGGGACGAAUGGCAGAAGCUUCGGAAACCAGUUCAGCAUCUCUUGAUGAAGCCUCACAGCGUGAAUGCUUAUAUUCCCAUCAUGGAAGAAUGUGCCGAUGACUUUGUGACGCUAAUGAGGGAAACGCAAGACAUGGAAUCUAAAGAAGUGCCCGAUUUCAACCACAAAAUGCAAAGAUGGACGUUAGAAUCCACAUGUGCCAUUGUCUUUGACACAAGGAUGGGGUGUCUGAACACCGGUCUUGACAACAACCCUGAAGCCUUAGAGAUGAUCGUCUCGGUGUCCAACUUCUUUGACAGUCUCAAAGACCUUACUUUCAGCUUUCCCUUCUGGAAGUUUGGUAUCACCACGAAGGCAUGGACGAAGUUCACAGAGGCACAGGACUACUUUUUUGGAAUGUCGAAAAAGUAUGCCACAUUAGCACUUGAAAGGAUGAAGACAGCUGUCGGCACUGGAACUCAAAAUUCUGAAGGAACUUUUCUGGAAUGCCUACUGGCCCGGAGAGACUUUGAUAUUGAUAGCCUAUGUGAUCUCAUGAAUGAUCUCAUGAUUGCAGCAGUUGAAACGACAGCGAGCACUCUGGCGUUUAACCUGUACUGCUUAGCUAAGAACCCUGAUGUCCAAGAGAAGGUGUUUCAAGAGAUCAACGAAGCUAUACCACCAGGAACAAAAAUCACUGCAGAGUCGUUGCAGAAUCUUCCUUACCUCAAGGCUUGCAUAAAAGAAACUGUCAGGGUCUUCCCAACUGUUGAUGGAACGAACAGAAUACCAUCGAGAGAAAUUGCCCUUGCUGGUUACAAAAUCCCUCCGGAUACAAUCGUCAGAAUCCACUGCAUUGCCGGGCUCAUGGAAGAGUACUUUCCUUCACCAGAGAAAUACAAACCUGAAAGAUGGCUGAGGGGGGAUGCAGAGUGUGAGAACAUUGAUCCCUAUCUCAUCCUCCCAUUCGGUCAUGGUUCCAGGAUGUGUACGGGUAGGCGGAUGGCUGAACAGGACCUAUACAUCAUGCUCAUCAAGAUCAUUCAGAACUUCAAGAUUGAGUGGCACCAUGAGGAAGACAUGGAACUUAUCUUCAGACUCACAAAUGUUCCUGACAGGCCUGCACAGUUCCGAUUCAUCAGUAGAACAUGAUAUUUUCUAGAAACCAACUAGAACUUUGUACCUGUCUACCAUCUUGUGUCUGUUUGAACAUUAUGUGACAAACCUAGUUAACAACAAUCCACCUCUGUUCUCAAUCAGAGCACAUCAGAUGAAGCAUCAAUCAUGCAAGCAGAUGAUCUGAUGAUAUGUCAGAGGUUCAAAGACAAUCGGUUCAUUAAGCAGUGGUUUUUUCUUGAUGUGUUGCUAACUUUUCAGCGUCGAUUGUGGCCUUCAGGAUAUCAAAGUUUGUUUGCAGUGUUGCCCACAAGACCUCAUGUACGGUCAUUGGCGCUGUCCUUAUCAAAGUUGAUGUCGGAGACUGUAUGGAUGGAACAGUUCUCUUCUGCCAAACUGUGCACUGAAUGGCUGACCUUCAAAGUUCCUCACAAAGUAUCCAUGGUCAUUGCCAAAGACAUCACCGAGCAUAAAGACCAAGAAAUAUCUGCUUUGUAUGAACAUCUUUUUCCAGUGAGUAUAAUGAAUAGGUAUAGGGGUACCAUCCUGAAUUUGAAUCGAGGUUCUCUCCAGUACACCUUGUGUCCUGUCAAAUAGCCAAUGAGAGAAGGAGCCAGUUUGAAUACUUUGAAUGACCAUGUCAUGUUGUAUUGUACAAAAUGUGUUCAUCUUCCAAGUACUGUCCUAAAUUCGCGCAAAUUGUGUGGUAUAUUGUAGAAAAUUUAUAUGUAUGAAAAAUGUUAUCUUAUAUAGGUAUAUAUUCAUUCAGUGAUUGUGACGUUCAAUUGUACACAUAGUUCUGACUCAAACUUUUGCAUAUGCAUGUAAGUGCCUCAACUGCAGUAACGUGUUGUGUUUUCAUUUGGAUUAUGUUACAAUGUUUUAUAUUCUUAUACUUAAUUUUCAGAAAAUUAUUGUUUGUUAAUUUAUUCUACAAUUUGAACAUCAGCUUUUGAGUAUAUGAGCAACUUUGGCUCAUGUUUAUGAAAUGGAUCAAAACGCACUUUAAGAGUGAAACAGGUUAGAAAACUAAUGCAUUUUUGCAUGUAUCAAGUUACAAAGAGAUAAAAUCCAUGGAUCUUUUGCUAAAAACGUUGGUUUUGCAACUUACCUCUGUUUACUUUAUCUGUAUUGUGGCCCUCUUUUUAGCAAUUUGUCUGCUAAUUCCAAGGGUUGUAAGAGUUGAUAAUACUGGAUUACUUGAUUCUAAAAUUCUACCUGUGUCAUGCACUUAGUGCAUUAUUUCUUCUACAAUUCUUUGUUUUCAGUAGAUUAUGUUGUGAUGUGAACUUAUGAAAAUACUCAGAAAAUAUGAUAUGCUAUGAACCCACAUCAACAUGAUUUCCAAAAUUAUCAAAUUGCAUUGUGUAUUGAGUGUUGCAUAUGUUUUGAUAUGCAUUACUGUUUGUGUGGUAAUUCAUUGCUAAAUUUUGUACAGUAUUUUGUAUAUGAAAUUAUUGUAAAUAUGUACAUAGUAUGGCGAUUUUUUUAGUAUCUCCCACUUUCUAUGUACAUAUGUAAAUAUCAUUUUCAAAUGACAUUUAUAUUUUAAAGGCCUCAAAAAAAAUGUAUCUCAUACUUUAUUAUACUCACCUUAUAUCAAAAAAGCAUGUUAUUUUUUACAGGAAAAAAAAGAAGAUAUGAGUGCUUGUGAUCUGAAUUUACAAAUAAGUCACAUUUGUACACAUUGGAGUUUUAUUUUUCAUUAAUUUUAUGUUCUGAUGAUUUAGGAAAAUUGCCAAAUUUAUGCAUUUUCUUUAUCUUUAUUUUUUUCAAUGUUUACAUGCUUAAACGUUUUAUUUGCAGCUGCUCUGCGUGCGUUUAACACAAUGUUGAUAAUGAGGAUGUAUUAAUUUUCUUUCAAUUUGUGUUUUCUUAUCCCUAUUUUUCAAAUAUAUAAAUUAUAAAUUUAUCCAAAUGUAUUCAUUAAUCUAUGAGAAUAUUGAUAGCCGUGAUCCUACCUUUUACUGCAUAAUUUUACUGUAUUCAUAUUUCUGCUUUUAUCCCGGGAUAGGGGAUCAGUUUCUAUGUUUUUCUACGUAUUAUGCUUGAUGUCAUUUAUCUCAAUUCAAGCAGUGCACAAAAAUUCACAAGUGUUUAGU